AUGGACCCUUUAUCACUCACAGCAAACCUCGCUGCUGUCAUCGGCCUCAUCGACACAAUAUGUCGCAUCGGCAAGGAAACAUACCAGCUCAUUGCGGCCGUGAAGAAUGUCCCCGCAGAAAUCCAACAGCUGCAGGUGGAGAUGCACGAGGUGGAAUUCCUACUGGAAAAUGUCCAUCGCUACUGUGAUGAGUACCAGGAAAGACUGCCGUCAAUGAGCUUGCAGAAAACCUCACCGGUUAUGCAUAUCUACUCGACGCUCCAAUCUCUGGAGAAAGAGUAUGAUAAUAUUGCGGCCAUUGUGGCCAAGAACCUCGAUGUUGUGUCCAGUCGUACGAGGCAGAAGCUGAAGAUGGUGGGCGGAAGGGUCAAAUUGGUGCUUGGAGGGAAGCUGGAGCGUACUGGGAAGGUAGGAUGGUCUAUCAACCUGCAAAGCUUGCAUCUAAGGCUGACGGUGGCCAGUUUCAAUGACCUUGCUGUUCACAAUCGAUUGGAUAGUAUUCAUGAUGCUGUGUCAAUUAUCAAAGAGAGUAGUCAAAUACCCCCUCCCUUGAAUGUCGAUGACAGGCCUCCGGCUUGGUCAGAGAAGAGUCAACCUCCUUCUGGGUUUUCCCAUUCUCUCGAGGCUAUCGACUCGCUCAUGGCACAGCUUACAGCUAUGAAGAUACGCAUCGAAAAACAAGAUGACAAGACAGACGUCUCUAUGGACAGCUGGGACAACUUCGAAGAUGUCAAACGCGCUGCUCUGCCUCUGAUGUUACUCCAAUCCAGGAUCCGAGAAGCAUUGCAGUUGUUGACGUCUCCGCAACCGGGACAUGAGAAGCUUUCCAACAUUGAUGUGCAGUGGGUUCGAACUGAGCUGGAGAGUCUGCUUGCGAGUAGCCACGAGAAAGCCGCGGCCGUCAUCAAGAUGAGUUCCCAGCAAAGUGACAAUGUCACCCGUGAUUGUAGACGACAUUUCGCAGGCAGUUCCCUUAACAAAGGAAGAAAUAGAUCACAACCGACUCAACAGAUCGUAUCAUCGCAGAUUGUGCUUCAAGAUUCUCCCGCGGGCAAAGUCUCCAUUCGGGUCCAGUGGACCAAAGACGCUGACUCGAAAUCUGCCCGUGCAUCCGACAUUCUUCUUCUCCUGGCGCCCAAUCCACAGGUGGCCGAAGAUGGACUUCUUGUUUCGCUUUCGAGGCUUCAUGACGGGUUGAGCAAGCCCACAAUCACCCGGCAUGUCUCGUCCUACGCGAUCGUCGAGACGACAUCACCUAUAUUUACAUGUGUCGAGGCGAAUGACAUACGCUCUUUGCGGUUACUCUUGAAGAGCAGGGAAUUUUCGCCCACCGUGCGAAAUACGGAAAAUGAGAGCCUUUUAUCUUUCGCUGCACGACACCUCCGCUUCGAGAUAUGUGACCUCCUCCUUAAUGAAGGAGCGGAUCCCAACCAUUGCCGCAGUGACGGAGCAAACGCGAUCUACGACGUACGAAAUGCCUUCUGGUACCGAGCAACAAACUAUACCAUUCACAAGUCAACCCUUUACCGAAUCCUCCGUCUAUUCAUCUCCGCCGGUUGCGACAUCAACUCCGUCGCUCUCGGCGGCAGCCCCCUCCAUUUCACCGUCAGCCAUACCCUCCCCGGCUCCGAGCUCAUCAACGAGGACGAGAUCGUCGCCUUAAUCAAUUUACUAGUCGGCAGUGGCUGUGACAUCGAGCACGAGAAUGCCGACGGCCUCACUCCACUCCUGUACAACGCCUGCAUUCCACGAUGGCAUGGGGUCGUGGUGCUUCGGGAGCUUCUCCAGUGGGGCGCGAACCCGCACGCAACGUCUCACCUUGGCGAGGGCGCGCUGCAUCUGGCGAUGGCGUUUUCCGGGCCCGAAUCCGUCCACGGCCAGUUGGAGGGGGAUUCGUUGGAGACAAGGCUCGGCAUCCUGCUGCAGGCGGGGUGCGAUCCGAACCUGCAAGAUGGGUACGGACACAGUCCGUCGGAUUUUGCGCUGAGUUCUCCACGGGUUUGGUUCCAGUGGUGCUUAGCUGUCGAGAGGGUUGGGCUGUCCAUGAAGGAUGUUUUGGCAACGGAGGGGGUCUCCGAAGUCGCCCGGCUGGUGCAAGGCUCUACAUCCGCAGAUUCUGACUGGGAGUCCUGCAGCGGAAGUGAAGACGAGGACGGGAGUCAGGAGAGCACGAGCUCAGGUACUUGCUCGGACACCGAACACAUCUUCCUAUGCUGGAACGGGUUCUUCCCAUGGAGUGUUCCGCCGUGCUGUGCCGACUGUGGCCUGGUCUGCGAAGCGGAGGACAUCAAGCGGAGGAAAUGGGACGCGUGGAUGGUCUUCCAGGGACUGAGAACGAGAUUCAUGAUGAACAGCCUUGAUUAG